UGGAUCCAGACGCGGAAGGCCAGGCGGCAGUUCAUUGCCCCCCCCCGGGGCAGUUCUCUCGGGCAGAGGGAGCCGUGGAGGAGGUGGUCCCUUGGCGGCGCGUCCCCCGGAGCCAGGCAGAGGCCUUGUCAGAGUAACCCCGGGCACCUUCAGCUUGUCCGCCCCCGGAGCCGGCCUGCCUUCCCAGGCUGUUUGCCUCCAGGCCUGGUCUUGGGGUGCAGAACGUUGGGGCUGAGCCCCGGUUCUAGCUGCCUUGGGCUCUGGGCGAGUUACCUCAAGUCUCAGCAGGGUGAGGUCCGGGUCACCGGUACCCCCCCCUUCUCCCACGGGGUGUGUCUCGUCCCUCCUGGCCCCCGCCAAAGGCGGGAUGCCCAGGCUCACAGCCGGGACAGGUCUCCCCUCCUGCAGGGCCAGGGACAGCGGGCCACCGUGCUGGUGUCACCGAAGCCCAGGGCGACUGGGGGCGGGGACGCGAGAGUUCCAGGGCCCAAGUGGGAGGGAGGCCCACAGGGCACGGUCGCGCCUGUCCCCUCACCGUAGUCCCCCUGCGGGGCGGCCGCGGUGCUCACGCUCUGGGCCGGGGACACAGAACUGCGGCUCCGACCCUUCGGGGGCGGGGUGCUCGCGGAGCCAGCGGGGCGCGGGGUACUUCCCCGCUUCGGGUGAAGCGAGGUGAGAGGCCGGGGGCGGUGGCGGCCCGGGCCUUUCCGGGAGCCAGGCCCCGCCCCCGCGAGCCAUUGGCUGGCCCCGCCCCCGCGCCAGUGAGUGACUGCUCCUCGCGGGGGCGGGGCGCGGCUACCGCUUCCGCCGGGCUAUGGGGCUGCGGGUGCUGCCGGCGCGGCUCCUGCUGCUGUCGGCGCUGCUGCUGCCGGUGCAGCUGUUCGGAGCCGCGGACCCCACGCCCCCGUCACUGCGCCGCACGCAGGCCACGCUCUUGCCGCAUCCCGCCGUGACGAACGGGAGCCAGCCGGGCGCGCCGCACAACACCACACGCCCUUGGCCGCUGGGCUCGCCGGACUCGCCGCUUCUGCGUUCCCUCUACGUGGUUACGGGCCUCAUCGUCCUAGCCGUGCUCUACUUCCUCAUCCGGGCAUUCAGAUUGAAAAAGCCGCAGCAGAGGAGGUACGGGCUCCUGGCCAACACUGAGGACCCCACCGAGAUGGCAUCACUGGACAGCGACGAGGAGACGGUCUUUGAAACAAGGAACCUGAGAUGAUGUACAGGUCGGGAAGGCAGCAUUUCCAGCGGCCUUGUGGGAAGGACAAGAGACAGGGCCCCUCCCAGUGCUUGGAAUGCCCUGCUGAUUCUCCUGCUGCCAAAGAGCUUGUGUGGGGCCUGCCCGGCCUGCCAGGAGC